AUGGCCCAGACGCUCGCAGCGAAGGUCAAAAACGUCUUGAGUGGCGACACCGUGGUGCUUGUGCCCACGAAAACGGCCCAAUUCCCCGUGCCUGAGCGGACUUUGACCCUCCAGUACGUCAGAGGCGACUCCUUCUUGGCCAAGGAUUUCUUGCGCCAGUUGGUCAUUGGCAAGGAGGUGAAGUUUGAGGUUCUUUUCAAGAUGCCAAAUUCGGGCAAGGAGUUCGGCGACAUCCGGGCGCCCAUUUUCCUGUCGUUGAUUGAGUACUUGUUGGAAAAGGGCAUGGUCAAGCUCAAGGACAAUAUCCGUGUGGAGGAGGACACGGAGGUGGAGUUUGUGGACAGAUUGAGAAAGGCCGAGCUGGACGCGCAAACCAGGAAAGUGGGGAUCUGGGCGCCCAAGUUUGUUGAACCCGAGGUGGUGCCCUUGUCGGAGGACAUUGAAGCCAAAAAGGCAUUGCCUGCGAUUGUGGAGAAGGUGAUCAGUGGCGACCGUAUAGUGGGUCGUAUUUUGGUCAGCAAGAACAAGCACGUGGAGCAGCCGUUGCUUUUGGCCGGUAUCAAGACGCCCAGAACGGACGAUCCUUCUGCUUCUGUGGUGAAGGUGGCUCAGCAGGCCAAGCAGUUUGUGGAGGACCGUCUUUUGACGAAAGCCCAGAUCAAGGUGACGGUGAUUGGCCACAACCAGGCGGGCAUUCCGUUGGUGCUUGUGGAGCAUCCUUCUGGACACAGCAUCCACGAGAAGCUCUUGGAAAACGGCUUUGCUGAGGUUGUGGACUGGCAAUCGUCGCUCAUUGGAUCCGCCAUCAUGAGCGGCUUGCGUAAGGCCGAGCAGACCGCCAAAGCCUUGGGUAAAGGCCAAUUUGCGCUGGUUUCUGCUCCUGCUCCUAGUGCAAAGAGCUCCUCCAAGACAUUGAGACCCGGUGUGACAGUUGAAAACGUCACCAUCGCCAAAAUCGUCAACGGCGACACCUUCAACGUGCGUUUGCCCAGCGCCGAGGAAAUCACCGUGCAAUUGGCGUCGCUCAGAGCACCCAGACCUAAUGAUACCACCGUCACCUCCAACGCUCUGCAGCAACAGGCUUUGGUGCAAAUGGCCAGGGAGUACCUGAGGAGCUUGGCGAUCGGCAAAUCCGCCUCAAUGUACAUUGACGGGUUCAGAGGCGCUAACGAGGAGCUUGGCUUGGAUCUGCGGUUUUUGGUUUCGCUCAAGAUUGGUGGAAAAGACGUUUCUGAGCAGAUUGUGUCCCACGGUUUCGCCACGGUGAUCAAGCACAACAAGCAGACUGCGGGUGAGCGUUCCAUGAACUGGGACAGGCUCGUGGAGCUCGAGGAGGAGCAGAAGAAGCUCGGCAAGAAAGGUGUUUAUUUCAAUGGAGACAUUUCCAAGAUUCUCACCAUCGGCUCGAGAGUUGUGAACGCCUCGGAGAACGUGCAAAAGGCCAAGACGUUUUUCAACGGUUUCCAGAAAAAGGGCCGUAUCUCCGGUUUCUACGUGGAGUUCAUUCCUGGCGUGAACCGUGUGCGUUUGUAUAACCCCAAGGAGGGCACCAAGUUGACGUUGAUCUUGGGCGGCUUGUCCAACAGCAAGUCCCAGGAAUCCGGUGCCGAAGGUCUCGAGUACAUGAACAGAAAGUACUUGCAGAGAAACGUCGAGUUUGACGUCUACGAUACCGACAAGAUUGGCGGUUUCAUCGGCAACUUGUACGCCAAUGCCCAGGCCUUGAAGCCUGUGCAGAUUGAGCUUUUGGCCAGUGGUUUGGCCACGGUUCACGGUCUUGCGGUGAAUUCCAACAAGUACGGAGAUGAGCUCGAAAAAGCCGAGGAUUCAGCCAAAUCCGCCCACAAGGGUAUCUGGAAGGACUACGACGAAGCCAAAGCCCAAAACGAGGCCAACGAGGCCAGCGCCCGUUUGCAGCAGCUUAACUUGGAGGCCGCCAAACCCAAGUUUUUCGAUAUCGAGGUGGUGGAUAUCAGCACAUCGCAGGUUUUGUCGUACCACUUGAUCGACAGCGCCACAGCAGCCACAUUCACCCAGUUCAAGAAGGAGUUCAACGACUUCCACCUCCAGAACGCCAGCGCCAGCGCCAACCUGGCCGACUUGCCUGUCAAUUUGACCAAGGGCCCCCGGAAAAACGAAAUUGUGUCUGCUAAAUUCACCGAAAACGGCAAGUACUACCGUGCCAAGGUGUUGAACUACGACAGAAGCUCCAACAAGUACGAGGUGAAGCACGUGGACUUUGGCAACAUCGACAAGGUCGGAUUGGCCGACUUGCGGGCGCUUCCCAAGAAGUUUGGCGUUGACGUGAUCAAGCCUUUUGCACAUACCUUGAAGUUGCAAAAUAUCCUUUUACCUCCUACUCAGCCUAGAGACUAUUUGACCGAGGCCAUCUACGUUUUGGAGGAUUUGACGUUUGACAAGAAGCUCGUGCUUAGCGGUUUGCCCUCUGCCACUGUAGGUGUCGAGUUUGACGGUAUCUUGUACGAUGCUGAAAAAUCGCUCCAGGACCAAGGCUACACCAUCAACAAGCAGUUGGUUGAGGAAGGUUUCGGUAUUGUGGAAACCCGUGCACCUGCCCAUCUUAAGGACUACGUGGACGAGCUUGCUGCUGUGGAGAAGAAAGCCAAGAACGACCGUGUGGGUUGUUGGGAACUUGGUGAUAUCACCCAAGGUGAGGACGAUUUCUAG